GACAUUGAGUUCAGAGAGUCCCAGCUCUCUCCUGAUAGUCUCAGCCUGAUUUAGCUGUUGACAGCUGCUGUUCACCAGCCCUGCUAGCUCCCUGUCUGUGGCCUAGCCAGCCCCCAAGCCCCAGAGUCUUCGCUCCAGCGACUCCUCCAGCCCACCCCGAAAUGGCUGAGAAAGAACAGGCUGCCGCUGCUCCUCAGAAUGGAGAGGGGGACUCUGAGAACCUGGAUGACCCUGAGAAAUUGAAGGAGCUGAUUGAGUUACCGCCCUUUGAGAUUGUCACAGGGGAACGACUCCCUGUCAAUUUCUUUAAGUUUCAGUUCAGGAAUGUGGAGUACAGCUCUGGACGAAAUAAGACCUUCCUGUGCUAUGUGGUGGAAGUCCAAGGCAAGGAUGGCCAAGGGCAGAUAUCUCGGGGCUACCUGGAAGAUGAGCAUGCAGCAGCUCAUGCUGAAGAGGCCUUCUUCAAAACCAUCCUGCCCACCUUUGACCCUGCCCUUCGCUACAAUGUCACUUGGUAUGUCUCCUCCAGCCCUUGCGCAGCCUGUGCUGACCGAAUCUCAAGCACCCUGAGCAAAACCAAGAACCUGAGGAUGCUCCUCUUGGUGGGUCGGCUCUUUAUGUGGGAGGAGCCCGAGAUCAAGACAGCUUUGAAGAAGUUGAAGGAAUCCGGAUGCAAGCUACGAAUCAUGAAGCCCCAGGAUUUCGAGUAUGUAUGGCAGAAUUUCGUGGAGCAAGAAGAGGGAGAGUCGAAGGACUUUGUGCCCUGGGAGGACAUUCAGGAGAACUUCCUUUACUACGAGGAAAAGCUGGCUGAGGUCCUACACUGAUCUGCCUUCACAUGGCUAGCCUGUCACCUCCAAGAGACAUCAGUGACAUACCCAGCCAUCUGGGACAUGCCUGUGGCUUCCUAAUACCACUUGGAGCCAGACAGUAUCCAAGUCAACCUCAUCAGACAGGCCCCUAAUGGACUAAAAAUAUACUCCCUGUGCUGCGAUUAAUUUAAUCCGUGCCCCUCUCUUUGUUAAAGUUGCUCCUGGGGAAAAAAGGCAAAGUAAGGCACGGUGGGUGGGAUGGGGGGAACUGAAGAGAAAAUUUAAAUGUUUAGGCAACUGGUCAUAGUCACUCCCCAAUAGGCUGCAUCAUAAACCAAAUAUUCUCAGAUUCAAGGUGCAAAUCUUAGAAAUAUGUCCAGCAUCAUGUCCAGUGUUUUGUAACGUUAAGAAACUUUUUUAAAAGAGAAAACCAGCAAUGAUUACCUAAAGAGAAUAAUGUUGUGUUUUUGUUUUUUUCCUCCUACAAACUGAUGGAUGCUAGGUUUUCAAGAAACCUAGUAUCUGGAUGUUAUAAACUGUGGGAUAUGGAUCCACCACAGGGUAGAAUCUCAAGACUGAGGAUGUGAACCAAUUUUUUUUUUUUGUCUCAAUCUGUGAUUUCAUUGGUACAGAAACUCCCUCCACAAAGGCUGCUCAGCAAUUUAUGUAUUUUAGAGUUAUUAGAGAGUAGCCAGUGAUAAUUAAGGUUAAGUGGAUUAUCCAGUCACAAAGCUAGUAUUUGUGAGACAGGACUUGAAUCCACGUGUUUCAGACUCCAAGGCCAGCCUUUUCUCCACUAUAAUCACUCUGCCCCUGAAUCAGUUCAUGCCAAGAAAUAAUGUGAGGCUUAAAUUGGUUAUUGCUCCAACAACAUGACAACUCUUUACACAGACUUCCAACUGGCAUCUUUCACCCUCGUACAUUUUUUUUUUAAUUUCAACCCAUAUUCAGGCUGGCUUCUGGACACAAUUAUCUUAUUAAAUUCUCCAGCUACUACAACCUUUUCUCAAAACAAAGGUCAGGCAUUGAACAAAAAAAAAAAAAAAAAGAAACCUUGAUCCCCAAGGAAGAAUCCAAAGCCUAAAGCUGACUUUCAGACUCCAAAGAGGGUAGGAAUUCCUGUGAGGUGCAAAUUAAAUCAUUUAAAGAGCAGUUAACAUGUGAAAAUCAAUGUCACAAUUCCUAUUUCUCCAAGGACUGGAAACCUGUAAAAAUAAUGCUAGUUGUGAAUUCUAGUUGUUUUCCUAAACCUAGGCCAGGUUUCCAGGAAUAAUAUUACAUAUUUUAAAGCCAGAGUCCUGUCUCCUUUCCUCAUUCUUCAAGUGUGAUAAGCCACAGGAAUUUGACCCAAGUGCUAUUUGCAAAGGACAAAGAAUUUUAUCCUAUCAUUUCUCCAGACCCCAUUUAUCCCCAGGCCACUGGCCAAAUCAAAUGUAGACCUCAAGACAAAAACCAAUGAAGCUUCUCCAAAUACAAAACUCAACUCUGAACUCGAAAAGCAUAGAGGGGGGAAAUUUCAAGGGGAAAUCUUGGACUUAAUAGUACUAAGAACAAUAGCUAUGUGUAACUGCAGGCCUCUCUGGCUUUCAAGGCCAUAGUCUAAUGUAGACACUACAGGGGAGCUCUAAAGCCUAGGUGUAGAUACAAAUGAAGUUAAGCAGUUACAGAAACUGCUUUUUCUUAUCUGAGUGAAGUGAUGAUAAGCCAGACACAGGUCUGAAGUACAAAGGUUACAUUUAAAGGCAGUUUUAAAAUGCUUUACCAAGGCUCCAAGGCAUAACCCUUAUAACAUUCACAUUUUUUUCCACUUGGAAGAGUAGCUUAAGAGGUCUUAUGUUGUGUUGAGAAUUCACUUUAGGAAAAAAAAAAUCAAUAACUAGUCUGGCUGUUCUAAUUCUCAACACAGAGAAACAGAAAGAAAACAUGUUCUUCUAGCUUUCAUAAUACCACAGCUCUGAUAUAGAGCUACUCAUUUAUUCUAAAUGUCAUGAGCUUUGUUCUGCUAUUCUAAAAAAGAGAUAAAUAAAAUAGAUGCAACAUA